AUGGCUUUAAAUCUUUUAAGAAAUUAUUCAACGAAAAUCAGAAUGGAUCAUUUAAGAAUGACAAUCAUUGGCGCACCUGGAUCAGGAAAAGGAACACAAUCUGAAAAAUUAAAAAAAGAUUAUAAUCUUCCAAUAAUUUCAACAGGUCAAAUUUUAAGAGAAGUAUCAGAACAAAAUACUAAAUCAGGUAUUGAAAUUAAAUCAAAAUUAGCAGCAGGUGAAUUAAUUUCUGAUGCCAUAAUGUCAGAUAUAAUUACUGAGCAUUUAACUAAAACUGGAAAUAGUUGGUUAUUAGAUGGUUAUCCAAGAAAUACUGAACAAGCUAAAGGAUUAGAUAAAUAUUUAAAUGUAAAAAUGGCAUUAAAUGUGGUAUUACAUUUAGAUGUACCAGAAAAAGUAUUAGCAGAGAGAGUUCAAGACAGGUGGGUACAUCCUGGUAGUGGACGUGUAUAUAAUAGUGUAUUUUCACCACCAAAAGUUAAAGGUAUUGAUGAUGUUACUGGUGAACCAUUAGUUAGAAGAUCCGAUGACAAAGAUGAAGAAGUAUUUAGAAAUAGAAUUCAAACUUUUAAAAAUAAUACACUCCCACUUCUCAAAUAUUAUGAAGAUAGAGGUGUACUUUACACUAUAGACUCUCCAAACUCUGAUGAAGGUUAUGUAAAAAUUAAACAAAUAUUGGAUUCAAUUUUAACUAAAUAA